GAGAGCUUCGUGGGCGGGCCCGCGGACCUCUUCCGAGGCUGCUACGGCGCGCUGGACCCCCACAAGAAGGGCGGCCAGCCCGGGCUGGCUCUGCAGCGCUGCCUCCCCCCCACCUACUGGAGGGGGAAGAAUAUGGCCAGGCUUAUCAAAGAACAGAAGCGCAAGUUGUUCCACACGCCUCUGUACGACUCUGAAGUCGCCCUCAAAAAGUUAUACAUCCAGACGGUGCGUCGUCUGCCCGCCUAUUCGUGUAACCUCCACCACGUCAAGGAGUUGCUCAGAGGGAAAACCAAGAAGAAGGCCUCUCGACUCCUUGGUAUAGGCACAAACAACAUCGUUCUGCUCGACACUAAGACGAAGAUCUUGACCAAAGCUCAGCGAACCCAUGACUUGAUACAAUGGCGGACAGGAGGCGGCCGCUCGCAUGACCGUCUUGUACUAGAGUUUCGAGGGACCAAAUGGACAUUUAUUGUGGGUUCAAGUGCCAGCCGUACAGACCUUGGCCGUGCCCUUUGGAACACCUUGCAGAAUGAUGAUGCCUUCUCUUUCACGCCUACUCAUCAGGGUCAUAUGACCCCGCCCCGAGGAGGGGAACUUGUUCCUUGUGGCAUGGGCAUGGGUAUGCUGUAUUCAGAUGAGUUAGAGCAACUGCAGAAGCUUCUUCACUUUCCAGAAGAAGUUGCUCUCAGGUUGACAGAAGUGGAGUACGAGCUGUUUUACCGAGUGCCCCCAAUCGCCUACAUCAGGCAUGUCACCAGCGACCUGAGACCGCGCGACCACAACGAGCACCUGUCGCACACUGCGACAGUUGGAAGCUUAACCAAAAGAUUCAAUGAGGUGUCAUCAUGGAUAACACACGUGAUUGUUUCUCAGCCGACCCACGAGGACAGAAAAGCCGUGUUGUCCUGUAUUCUGCGGGUUGCGUUGGCUUGUUGGAAUAUGGCUAAUUUUAACGGGGCCAUGGAGAUCCUUACGGGUCUAACGUCUGACAAGCUAAAACCUUUUUGGCUGAGUCUCGAAAACGAGCAGUUGCCAGUUCUGGAUUUUCUCUCUGGGGUCUUGAUGGGAGAAAGCAGGGCUGACUAUGAAGCGGCCCUUGACAGGGCGCUUUUACUUCCGGAAUGCCAGGUGGUACCUUUCUUUGGCUCAUUCUUAAGGGACCUCAUGAACAUCCUGCAGUCGACUCCUUCUCUAGUUGUGCUGGCGGAAGAUGGUCAGGAAGUAGAGUUUAUAUCUGACUACUGUGGAGAGGAUAGCUUCUUUACUCGCAUAGGCCCAGGAGGUCUGAUAAAUAUGGCUAAGAUUUAUGAUGCCCGAAUGGUGGUUGAUAGAAUCACAACAUUUCAUCAGCAUUAUGUGGCAAGAUGCCAUUACAUAGCACAGACUAUGCUGAAAGGUUCUCUCAGUUUGAUCAAUGUCGGAAGCCAAGAUGAUGAAAUAGGCGGAGGCGAGUUAGAAGACUACCAUCCAGUGCAACCACUGAGCAAUGACCAUGGUGUGACCCUCAUUCCACUUCCAAGAUCUACUGUAGGGUUGAAUUUACACACAUUACAGAUCCUUCAUCAUGGGACAACAGUUGUCCACUGGGACCCAGAGAGUGGUAGAAGCUGUCUAGUUUAUGUAAGGCUAGAAAGGAGUAAUGGAACUCUAACUUGGUCUCGACCUCCAUGGUCAGCCCUUCGUGCUGGUCACUCUUCCUCACAGCCAGAUUAUAUUUUAGGUGCAAAUCCUGAAGAACUUGUAUCUCCAGGCCUAAUACUUAAGUACUCGGUUUCUCCGGAGUUGAGUGGAGGUUCUCCAGAAGAAGGGUUUGUGGAGAUCUCAUGUCUCAAAGAAGUUGAACUAGGGUUUAGAGAGACAAAUUACAUAGCAGCUGUUGCGAGAAGGUACUUGCUAGAAAAUCCAGUAAGUUUGGAAAGCUGUGUCUCUCUAGUAUAUGGUGCCAACCUUGCUGACAAUCGCCUCAUGGUAUUAGUAGCCCCUCCUUCUGUAGCUAAACUAUGGUGUCAAGGAUUACAGGUUUUAGUUCGUGCUCAGAGGCGAUUAGCAAGCAUAAGUGAUAAACGUCUUUAUUGGUUGAAGGAACAGUACCUGAAGCUUUAUUUUGAAGAUGAAGCUUGCAGUGGUCCAAAGCCAGCUGAAGCUAUAAAGAUUUUUGGAGGAAGAAAUUGGACCACUUCUACUGCUGGCAGUAUGUCACCACAAGACCCAAUAGCAGCCAAAAGAGGUUCUGGAUCAACCAGACUAAAGAAACUGAAAUCCCAGGCCACAAUCAAUGUUACAAAGGAUGGUACCAGAGUUGAGGAGACAAGAAUUGUACCUUCGCCAGCACUUUCUACUACUAGUCGCCGCACUAUUGUUCCUCCUGCCCAGCCUUCUCCUCCACGCUCCAGAUCUUAUGAAACCACUGCUGAGCAUCUUAUUGGUCCAGUUCAACACGUACCCCAUAUCCAUUCACCGGCAAUUACUAGGGCAUCAUAUGAUCCUGCAACUGGUUUGCCUUCACCUCCCCAGCAGGCUGUUAGUUACAGGGAACGUAGUCGGUCAAGUGGAGCUGGAGAAUUUAUGACCUUAGCUCCUCGUGGAUUUCGUGGUGAACCAAUUACACAGGCUGCUGAAUUGGACUUCACGGAUUUUGUGGUUUUGUACAAGUCAUUCAGUCUUCGAGCAAGGAAAGAUCUUCGCGAGCUAUUCAAAACUUUAGCUGUGACCCGUAAGAGUCUUUCUGACAGUUCACUAGAAGACCCAACCAGCCCUACCUCACCCCCAAGUCCAGCUCACCGACAGGCGUUUUCAAAACGUACUCUUGGUCUACUCACCAGAAAUACCUCGCUAGAUCUUCUAGUCUUCCGUAAUAAUUGCCAAAAGAAAAAGAUCUUUGAUGCUAUUGCAGCAGCAAGCAUAGUUACAAACUGUGCUGGUGUUGAAAGUUCUAAGAGCCAGGUGAUAACAAUGAUAGAACUACGCAGAUUUCUUGAAGAGCAACAAGGAGAGGAACGUACCGAUGAGGAACUAAAACUCCUGCUUGAUCGGCAUGAACCAGAUCCAACUUUAAGGGCUCAAGAGUUGAUGUCCUUUGAAGGGUUUGCAAGGUUUAUGAUGGAUGAAGACAACUAUGCAUUCCUAGAUGAGCGAUUAACACCUGAUGAUGAUGACAUGACAAUGCCCCUCUCCAAUUAUUAUAUUGCCUCCUCUCAUAACACUUAUCUGACGGGGCACCAGUUGAAGGGUGAAUCAUCUGUUGAACUUUACAGUCAGGUCCUCUUGACUGGUUGUCGCUGUGUAGAACUUGACUGCUGGGAUGGAGAUGAUGAGACACCUAUGAUCUACCAUGGGCACACUUUUACAACAAAAAUUCCAUUCAAGAGUGUUGUGGAGACAAUAAACCGCAGUGCUUUUAUUACAUCUCCAUACCCCAUCAUACUUUCCAUUGAAAAUCAUUGUUCUGUACCACAGCAGACCCGGAUGGCACAAAUAUUCAUGCAAGUGUUUGGUGAAAAAUUGGUCACAAAAUUUCUUUUUGAAUCUGAUUUUUCUGAGGACGUUCAUCUUCCCAGUCCAUCACAGCUCAAGCACCGGAUCUUAAUUAAAAACAAAAAGUUGAUUGCUGAAGUUGCGCCUGGAUUAAGUGUGAGAGGACUUUCCAAUAAACCAAGUGGCCGAACAAAUUCUCUUGUCAGCAAUGCAUCAACUGGAUCCCUUAAUGAUCCUGAAACAGAUGAUGAUGAGGAUGACGAUGAUUAUGAGGAUGAAGAACACAACCCAUUUGAUAUUGCACACCAUGACAGUUUAUUUGAUGAUGAGAAGUGCCUCGUCACAAAGAGCGUCUCCAUGGGUACGCGUACUGAAUCUCUCUCAAGUGCAGAAGGAAGCCGUCUAAGACCAAAAUCUCAAAGUGAUGAUCACUUACAGGAUGAUGAAGCAAGGCCUAAGAAAAAGCAGAGUAGUCAAAUUGCUAAGGAACUGUCAGAUCUUGUAAAUUAUUGUCAGGCUGUGAAGUUCACUGGUUUCAACCCAACUAGUCCAAGAGAAAGUGUAAAAGCAAAGAAGAUUGGAGGUCGCAAAAGUACAGUUCAACCACCAAUCAUAACUAAUACACCUAUAUUAGUUCACACACAGAUGGCCUCUGAUCCAAGUAGACUCGAGCCAAUUUUACAACCUCCCAUUCUUAAACGUCCCAUGGGUGUUCAUCCGUGUUAUCAGUGCUCCUCUCUCAAUGAAAAUACAGCCAAACGCUUAUGUCGUAGGCAACCUCUUGAAGCUCUGCAACAUACUGAAGGUCAGUUGAUGCGUACCUAUCCUGCAGCUAUGCGCAUUGACUCUUCUAAUUUUAAUCCACUUUAUUUUUGGGCAUUUGGUAUCCAAAUGGCAGCGUUAAAUUAUCAAACUGAUGAUAUAUACCUUCAUCUUAAUUAUGCUAUGUUUGAGCAAAAUGGUAGAUGUGGGUAUGUACCAAAACCAAGGGUUAUGUGGGAUGAUAAACAUAUGAUGUAUAGACGAUUCAAUCCCUUUGAUAAGGAGUUUGAUGGCCUUCAUGUACUAAGCCUGAAAGUGAUCAUAAUAUCAGGGCAGUAUGUAUGUCAGAACAACUUUCAAGGAAACCCUCAAGUUGAAGUGGAGAUCUUAGGUAUUCCUGUGGAUUGCAUAAAGUUCAAAACAAAACCUAGUCAUAGAAAUUCCUUUAAUCCUAUUUGGAAUGAAACUUUCAAUAUUAGAGUUAUGUUUAAAGACUUAGCAUUUUUGAGGUUAACAGUAACUGAUACAGCAACAGGGCACAUGACUGCACAAAGAAUUUUGCCUCUACGUUGUUUAAGGAGAGGUUAUCGUCAUAUUCGUUUACGAAACCAACAAAAUCAACCUCUCCCUGUAUCCACUUUAUUUAUUUACACAUUAAUGGAGGAGGAGGAAUAUGAAAUACAGCAGCUGGCAGCAAAUCUUGAACCAUCUGUAGAUUCAAUUAAGGUGAAAGAAUUAGAUAUUGAACAUGAAGCAACUCCAACAGUACCACUUAAAAGAAGAAAAUUCUUUGUUAAAAUACAUGGAGUAGUACCAGAUGAACCUUAUACUGUUAUUAGUGCUACACAAGAAUGUACAACUAGGGAUGUCAUUAAUAAAGCUGUGAUGAAAAUUGGUAAAGGAGCUCGCUUAGAAGAUUACAUCCUUAUUGAAGAGGUAGCCAAGGGAUGGCAGAAGAAAGAAGACAAACCUACCACCCAACGUAUCCUUGAUAUUAAUGAAAGACCUUUGGAGGCUCAAGCGCAGUGGCAGGGUGAGGGAAAAUUUGUACUGAAGAAAACUGCAGAUGAUCCUAGCACAAGAGCAUGGCUUACUACCAUCAUGAGCACUGCUUCAAAAGAAAAGAAAAAGAAGAGCAAUGAAGGGGAAGUAAAUGAAGAAGCCAAGGGAUGGGAGGAAGAAGACACAUUUCUGGUUUGUGUAUAUAAUGUCUCUGCCCAAAUCCCAUACACAAUUUUGAAAGCACCCACCUCAAGUACCGCACAAGACAUUCUAGCUCAAGCAUUGGUUAAAGCUCGCCGAAUGGAAGAUCCAACAAGAUUUGUGCUAGUAGAGGAAUUGGAAUAUGGCCAGUUAACCGAUUUAACUGGAACUACAAGACGCAAGUGUCCCCGUGUAGAAAGACGUGCAUUACCAGACACAGAAAAUAUAUACAAGGUGCAGGCAGCCUGGAAAACCUUAGGAAAAUUGGUGCUGAGGGAGCGUGGAGCUCCUUUGGAUGGCACAGGUACUUUUAGCAGAGCUUCAGCUGCUGCUUCAGCCAUUAGUUCAACCUUGUCAACUGCCAUUAGUCGUGUUAGCCGAUCGAGACAUUAUGAACGCCGCCCAGUUAAAGAAACAUAUAGUGAUCCAAGUGCUCUGGCUGCUGCUCAUGAGAAUUUUCCAGACCGUAGAUUUAAAAGUCUCCAUGACACUUGGAGAGCUGGCGGAUCUAGUGGUGCUCACUCUGAGGGAGAAGUACUCUCAGAUGAAGAGCAUCCUGCCUCCGAUCUGAGAGCUGCUGUGCACAAGCUCAAGAAAGUUUCUCUAAAAAAACUCCAGAAAGUAUGGAGAUAAAAUCACAUUUUCAUAGUACAGUAUUUAUAAUGACUAAUGAGAUCUAUAUUUUUGUUCAUAAAGACAAGUAAAGUUUUUUAAAGUAACAACUAUUUACCCAGAGGUUGAAGAUAUAUUUUCUUCUCUGCUCAUGAGUAACUGAUUGGAAUAUUAUUCAGUUACAAACUUUGUUUGCAUGACAUACUUCUAAAACAGAUGGUGUUUUGUAUUUUCUUUUAUUUAUUUUUUAUAUUUAUGCGAUCUCAGUCCCUAAGAUGUGUAUUACAGUAGUUGAGGUUGUUUGAUGAACUGUUAAAGAGACUGGGUAUCUUUACACCCUCCUGCCAAAGAUUACUGUGGUUUCAAUUGAUAAAACACAAACUAAAGUGAUUUUUAGAUAAUAAACUUAAUCUGUGAGAUAACGAAUUAGAUUCCAAGAAUAAGUUUAAGAUUUGUAUUUGUUAACCGAAAGUGCCGUUUCAGAAAUUUAGACCAAAUAUCUGUGUUCUGAAGUAGGUAUUGGCUGACUCCUGCCUGUAGGUUUGUUCAGUGUAGAUAUUUUGUGAGAGAAGGCCAUCCAGUGUUCUCGAACUUGAUACUUUUUAUAAACUUCCAAAUGAAAAUGAUGGCUUGUGUGCAAAAGCAGCUCAUUUGAAAAUGUACAAUCUCCCCUAUGAAUCAGGAAAUGUGUAAUCUUGAAUGUGGUGGUGUUGCAUUUGGCCUCUUGUGUGAUUAUUUUUGUUUAUUCAGUGAGGAGCGAACGGGUGAAGAUGGCCUUAAUGCAAGGUUUGACUUUUGGACAAAAACAUAUAUAAUCUAUUGUAUAUAAUUGUACAUAUAAUUAUGCCAAUUAUGUAUAUUGCUCUUUCAAAUGAAAUAUUUUGCAUAAAUACCUCUCCGAUGUCAGUGAUCAUAUGCCAUAUCCAUGUUGUAUUGUGUUGUAGUGUAUGUGUUUUGGAAAAUCUGUAGAUAACUAAAUAAGGUAGUUCGAUACUUUGGAUAUUUAUUAGUGUAUUUUUUUCUUUUACUUGCAUAUCACCUAAUAAUAAGUAUAACUGAAUAUGCAAAUACUAUAUCAGACUUCAAGUCUCAGACCACUUUCCCUCGUAAGCAUAUCCAAGCUGAAAUUUUUCCAUUGAAGCUCAGGCUAAUGAAGAAAGUUUCAUUUAUUUAUUAUGCCUUCUAGACAGCUAUAGCAUCAUAUCCCAAUUUUAAUUUAAUGCUCCAGCACACACUGUUACAUUGAAAUGUAGCAGGAAGGCAAAAUGAACAGAAGUGUACUAGUAAUCAAAAAACUUUUCAAACAGAUUAAUUAUGUCAUAUGGCAUAUAUUGUAUGUAUUGUAAUCAACAUAUUUUUAUUGGCUGUAUGUUUGUGUAGAUUUUAAAUGGUUUUUAGAAACUGUGAUAAAAAUUUUUGUUAAAAAGCUAGUUUUACCUAUGGAAGCAUUUAUGUUUAAAUUUCAUCAUUAUUGAUGCCAUAAUGGAAAUUCAUUAAUGAAAAUGUAUUCAAAAGUAUGUUAUACCAACUUCAGGUAAUUAUAUAAUUCUUAGAUAUUCUAGAGCAUAUUAGUUCUGUAGUAGGAAACAAGUGCCAACGUCCUGGUUACUGUUAUCUUGGGCUUGGUUUUGGCAGCAGUUGAUGCCGUAGUUUAAUGCAGAUUGUGCUAUUCUUUAAAUAAUUAAUUUCAUGUAAUUGCUUUGAAAUUCCAAGCUCAAAGAUGGUCACAUUUUUUCUUCCCUCUUCUGUAAAAGUAGAUAGAAAAAAUAAUAUUGUUUAGUGCUAUAGCAAUUUUAGUGCUUGUAUUUUUGAUGAAAGUAUUUCUGAAGAGUAGAUCAUUUUUUUGCAUGUAACUUGAAUGUUUAAUAUUCAGGAAUUAACAACCUUGCAUGUUGCAGCUUUCAAAUGAAUUUAAUUUUCACAAAAGCCAUGUGAAGACAGUUGCCCAACCCUCAGAUUUCUUUUAUGCUAUUUCUGGGCAUGUAUAAUAGAAAUGUUCAUAUAUGCAGUGAAAUACAUUUGCUACAUAUCCACAUGUACUGCUACAUUCCAGUCUUAAAUAAGUAUAUAGGCCUUAGAUGCCAUAUGAAGUCCAUCAUGUCUGUUGCUCUCCUAAACUUGGUUAGCUCAAAUAUUGUAUCACACAUUGGUAUAAUUUGAAAAUUGUGGGUUAAUAUGCCAUCUAAGGGGACAUAGAAAAUUUAAUUCUGGAUUUUAUUUGAUUUGGUGGUUAGCAUCUGUAUACAUAUCACUUGAACACAUUUGAGGUAAAGGGUAUCUAAUGGUAAACAAAACAUUGACUAUGAGUUGCAGAAUUUCUCUAUUUCAUCAGUACGUAUGUAGGCUGUUCAUUUGUUGAGCUUAAUAGCCACCACUGAAACAGUAGUGUGCUAUUUCAUCAGCUUUUGAUUAUUUUAAAAAUUUUAGUCAUGAUGUUUAUUGUGGAUAAAAGCUUUUGUUACUAAUAUAACACAGUAUUCUACAAAUUUGCAUAUUUAAUUAUUGCAGUUUAAUUACACUUCAGUUGCUAAUCUAAGGUUAACUUGUAUUUUUAAAAUUUGCUAUUUAAAGUGUUUUGUAUGUUUAUUUUUGAAUUGUGCCAAAUUUGUAUUUCAAGUAAACAAAGCCAUUACUAGUAAAAAAUUGAUAGUAACCCAUAGGUAUGCAUUUAGCCAUGUUUCAUGGUAAAUAUGAUCUUUUCAAUUUCACAUUCUAAUGGGGAAUGUCAUUAUCACCACUAGCUAUAACCAACCUUUUUUGUAAUAAAAAAAAAAAAAAUGCUUUCCAAGUUAGCCCAUCAAAUAAUUUUAAACACUGGUUAAAUUACCAUGUUAAUUGUGUUGUCAGUCAGUUCAUGGGAAAUGGUUACUAUUUCCACUACAUUUAUAUGUAAAAAAUCAGUUGUGAAGUAAAUGGUUCAAUUGGUGUGUAAAAUUAAACUGAAUAUUGACUUUUCUGCGACAUAAUAAGACAACUAAUAGUCCAGGUUUAACACACAGUUUGGUGCACUUAAAAAGUUCACUAGUCAUGCUACAAAUAUUUAAUAUUAUGAAAUUUAAUAUAACCUCCAAGCUUCAUUAGAAAGCGUUCAAGAACAUUUUUGUAGAAAAUUUCUAAAAUUGAAGACCCCUUGAAGAUAAAGGAAACUGUACCUGCAUUCAAUCCAGUUCCAGAAGUUCUCUAGAUAAUGGGUGCUUCCCUGGAGUUGACAAUUAUCUUCCAGCAAUGGAUUUGCAGUAGACGAAUAACCUACAGGAGUACAUUCACCAAGCACAAGAAGUGUAACGAUUAGUAUUACUGGAUACAUGCCUCUUUGUGCCAUAAAAUAAGGAAUGUUUCAAGAAGAGGAUGAGGUUGAACAAUCUGACUCCCUCUCAACAAGUGUUGAAUGGCCUUAGUGGCCCCAAUGCUUGGCAUGUGAGCAUGAAAAAUAUAAUCCAACCAACCAACCCCUCCCAGCAGAACAUGAGCAACACUGUGACAACAGGUCCCAACAUUACACAUCAAGAGAUUUAGGGGUAACAUCACAUCAGGAGAUUUAGGAGUAACAUCGCAAAGGUCAAAUUUAAGUAUUUUGACAGUGCCAGGUACUUGCUCCAAGUAUGGCAGGGACUUUUAAAGUUAUAUUUAAAAUGUCAGGCAGGUUAAAAGGACUUGAUUCUUAUGAGCCCUGAUCUUUGCAAUGAAAGAUCCUCUUGAGUCAUAAGAACAUAAGCCUGUGAAACCCAUGCUUGCUGUAGCCAUUAUAAGGCAUAAUUUAAAAUAAAAACUUGUGGUCAAGAAUAAAGUAGAGGGAAGAAAAGUGUGUUCAGUGGAGAUGAAACUUAUGAGUCUCACAGGCUCCAGAGAGCUGUCCUAGUAAGACAAGAGGCAUUAAGGCAGGGAUAGUGAAGGAGCAAAAAAGAAAUCCAUCCAUACAAGAAAACAGAGGGCUCAAUUAUCACUCUACACCUGAAAAUACAUGGAGCCCACUGACACACAACACCUGAAAGGGAAUGGAGCUCACUGACAUACUUUGAAGGACUGGAGAUAAGGAGCUUUAACAGUGUACUGGAAGUCUGACAUUUAGUGGCAUGUCAUUCAGCUCUAACCGGGAGAAUUUGAUGGAUCCUGCUGAAGGCACCUACCACAACACAGCAGACGCCUAGAAUAAACUGAAGCACAACAAAGGGGAAGCUUGGAAGAGACAUGUGUCACCAACACAACUCUGAGACUUUCAACAAAAACCGAACAAGUGGAAGGAUGAACAGAUCCUGACUACACUGUAGAGGAGACUGAGGGGUAACUGGCCUGUGAUAAGUCUUGACCAGAGACAGAGGAUGCCAGCCAAAGUCGUGCAUCAAUUGCAUAAGUACUUGGAAGAUGAAGAAGCCUCACAACAAGGCUUGAGAAUACACAGUAUGGGGUUGCCUCAGACAGAAUAUCUUGCAGGUUAGAUCCCCAUUAAGACCCAGUAACAAGCUACAUGUCAUAGGGACCUAUAGAGGAAGGGUUUGAGGAAAGUUAAAUGAUAGGAACACAAGAGGGCAAAGCAGGUAAGCAGGCAGAUAAGAGAACAGGUGCCAAGGAGGGAGUAACUGGUAUACAAACACACUGAGGUUUACAAAGCUGAACACAGGAUUGGGAUAUGCAGGAGCAGGAAGGUCCCAGGCUAGGAAGGCUGAAGUUGUUUCGGGCACGGGAUGGCACAUAGGGAAAUGGCUAAAUACACAGGCAGUGAAGAUCCACGAGCAGUUGAGUAUAUGAAAGCUAUACAGUAUAUGUGCAUACUAGGGUACAUGGGAGCCAAUGAGCACACACACACACACACACAUGCAGAUGAAAAAGUUGAUUACUCAUGAUCAGAGAAAUAUUCAGAGCCUGAUAAAUACCAGAAGAGACCCCACAUAGUACAGAGAUUUAAAAGCAAAGGGAGUAGCAGCUUCAAGGAACUGCCCAUUGACAAAAGACUUGAGGAGAGGCAGAAGCAUGUAAGGUCCUAGUCAAUUCCUGCAUGACAGAAUCAGCAUCAGCCUGGAACUAAUUUGUAACACAGUUGAAACUUUCAUCUUAAAUCUGGCCAAGAGGUUAAGUUAAGUAUAUCUUAGUUUUACCAGACCACUGAGCUGAUUAACAGCUCUCCUAGGGCUGGCCUGAAGAACUAGAUAUUUUUAUGUAAUUAGGAACCAAUUGGUUACCUAGCAAUGGGACCUACAGCUUAUUGUGGGAUCUGAACCACAUUAUAUUGAGAAAUAAAUUUCUAUCAUCAGAAAUAAAUUCCUCUGGUUCCACGUUGGCCGAGCCGAGAAUCAAACUAAGAACCACCGGAUUGGUAGCCGAGUGCGAAAUCGACUCGUCCAAUGUGGAACUGGCCAAGAGGUUACCAUCAGUGAAGUGAAGAAAGGACAUAAAGGCAGAAUGCCCAACCUGAGCAGGAGGAAGAAGGAGAAUAGGUAGUGAGAUGAAGUUAAAUGCAGUGACUCCCCUACAGCCUAAACAGAACGUCAUUGGUAGGCAUCCUCUGUGCUUAACAGUGCCACUGAUGCAUGAGCCAAUCCUAAGGGACAUCAAGUCUGUUGGCCUUUGCACGAAGGGCACCGUAAUAAAGACCUUACCUAAAGAUGACCUAGAUCUACUACAUGAGUUGUAGGCCUUACCCAAUCAAAUACAGUCAUAAGCACAUUGCAAAGAUUAAAAGUUGUUUAAAGAGACAAACCCAUUACAAGAAUUCAACAAAAUAAAAAAUUACUAAAGUAUUGAAAAUUAGAAUGCUCUGAAACUGAAUGAAACAUUGAACAAAUUUCCCCUGUGAUUUUCAGUAAAUUUCAGACUGAAGAAUUACUUUAUAAAACAAUGAAAAUGGAAGUAGCUACUUCCAUUCACUCAAGAAAUGCAUCAUUUGCAAUAAAAGCAAAUUAACAUUGGUGUUCAUCACAAUACCAGGAAGAGAAAGAUUCAAAGAAAUCAAUGGCAGAGUACAGAAGCAGGGAAAUCCCGCUUGGUGGUCUUGGGAAGAACAGCAGCACUUCUGCAAAGUAGUAUUACGACAUGCAGAAAAAUUAGAGUUGUCCUCUUUGCAACUCAGUAAAAUUGACAGCCACAUGCUCAUUAGAAUCUUUUUCUAUAGUUGGCUGGUAAUUCCACUAUGGAAUCUCUUUCUUCAUUUUACUAAAUGCACCCAGAUUAAGGCUUUUUAUGAUUGAGUUGCAAUAACAACUGUAAGCUUUACUGAAACAUAAGAAUAUUAAUAUGACUUUGGAGUUUGUCAUUGGUUAGUGGUGUCAUAAAAUUAUUCCCUCUCCUACUAAAUGUGAAUAGUACUUACUGUUUUUUUUUUAUUGAAGAAUUUAAUUUUUUUAUUAGCAGUUACAAAAAGUACAUUAAUUAGUCCUUUAUAAAAUACAUUAUUACUAUUGAUAACACAUUUGUGAAUUUUUACAUUACUUGUAACACAUGCUACAAUAAACAUAUGCUCUUACGUAAGAUGUAAGCCUUGUAACAUGUUUGAAGACACUACAGUACUCUUGACAUGAAAUAUCCCUGUCAUAAAUUCAGUGGAACAUAUUAACAAUGGGCUUCUGAACUUGAUGUGUACGUACUUGUAUACUGCAGAAGCAUUAGCCAUUUUAGUUAUUUGCUCUUUAAAUCACAAUGGUAAUAGCAAGGGUGAUAAUGUGCACUGUAGUGAAGAAAAAAAAAUCCUCUAGAUGAAAUUGUGAACAGUUGUAUUUCUACCUUGCAUUUCAAACUACUUCUACCUUCCAUUUCAGACUAGACCAUUUGUGAGGCAUUAAUGAACUCAUUCUUUGAUAUAUAAAACCAAAUCAAAUUUUGUUGUACUGUAUAUGCGUGUAACCACCUUUUUCAGCAACUUAAUAUUUGCAUUACUUUUGUCAUCCAUUUUUCUUUUUUAUUGGGUAAUGAAUUGCUGGGCAUUUUCCUUCACCUUACACCUUGCCAGUGUAAUUUAAAAUUCUACUAUAAAAAAUGUCCAGUUUUGAAUCGUUUAAGACCUUCAUGGCAGUUGUAACCUAAUAAAUAUGAUCAUGCACAGUGCUUCCAUAAAUUGUAACUUUGUCAAAUGUUUAUGAAUCUAUAGUUUGUUACAAUUAUUAUGAAUAAUCAAUGGUUCUAUUAAGAGUUAUAAACAACUUUUAAAUUCUUAAAACUCCCACAGGGUUGGCAAACAUAGUUAUGAAAGUUUUUUAUGGCCUGCAUUUUCAUACAGCCACUAAAUUUUCAGGAAAAUGACAAAUAAAUAAAUUGUAUUUUUCAUAACAAACCCGAGGUCUUAAUGUAAGGGGAAAUCCUCUAUGCACCAAGUAGCUACAAUAGCGAUGACACCUUCAGUGAGUUUCAUGGCUAACAACAGUGUGUAGCCUUAAUGCUGUCCCUGUGAGAGUCAAGUUUUUGUACAUAUUAUUACAGCAAGUAUGAAAAAAGUGAAGUAAGGCUGUGAUGCUUCAAAUAUUACUAUUAAUAUCAACAAGAACUUGUGUCAAGGUAUGUUACAGAUAUGAAUUAUUCUUUGUUUUUCACUAAAUAUAGAACAUUACUGACAAAGUUACAACUGCUGAAAGAGUGCCAUUUUUUAAAAGCAACUGUUCUUAAUAAUAAGAGUCAGAAGCAUCAUUUACCCUAUCUCAAACAUUCACCUAGAGAUAUACCUUUUUCAUAAGAAAGCAGAUACAGAGUUUAUUCCAAGAGUUUUAUUUUCUGAUACAUUUACAUUACUCUUGUAGUACUGUUACCAGAAAAGACAAAAAUGAUCAAAUCUAGCAAAUAUGUAUAGCAUUUAGCUUUAAUGUACAUAUAAUCAAUUUCUUUAAAAAUUUCAUAAUUCCCCAAGUUUGAUAAAAUUUUAACAUUUUUCAUAUUUACAAGACUUCUGAAAAAUAGUUUUCUAAAAUCUAGUAUAAUUCUAUAGACCUUCAGUACACUGAUCAAAUCUAUCUAUAUAUACUAUAUAUAUAUUGUAUGUAAAGUUUAUAUAAAAAUAAGUUUAUAAUUAUUUUGACUAAUAUCAUAUACUUCUAAACAUCAACAAAAGAACACAACAAAUUUCCAUUCAUUAUGGCAUCAUCUGAAAGAGAAGUGAAAGAACAAGAAAAUGUGGUAACUUAAAGCAGACUUGGAUGUGUGAGGGAAAAAUACUGCAGCACGUAAACUACUUGGAUUCAUAAAUAUUACCAUUUGCGCUUGCCACAACACUACCGUACUUUGCACACUCACUUUAAACAGUGUACUAUUGCACAUGCAUUCUCAUUAAUUUUGUACAAAUUUUGUAUGUAACUGUAAAUAUACUGUGCAAGAAAAUACAAUAUGGAAGCUUUUCAUUUGGGCCAACCUCCCAAGAAUAAAAAAUAUAUAUAAAUAUAUAAAUAUAAAAUUUUAUAAUUAUUGUAUUUAAAUUUUGUAAAUGUACUGUAGAAAUUUUGUUGAAAAUCCUUGCCAGCCAAUGGUGCAUAUAUAUCUUUCAAACAGUCUAAAAAUAUUUUAGCAUAUUGUGAAAAGUCACCCCUGUUUUAUUAGAUUGAAUUUUAUCAGUUGAAUUUGGUAUAAAAAUUACUGUAUAGAUGUAACUGAAUCAUAUAAUUUUAUGUGGUGUUAAAAAUACUGUUAAUGCUAUGUUUUUAGUGGAUAUUUUCAAUUUUAAUUCUAAACUCGACUCCUUGUUGUUGUUAUUUGUUGUGUAAGAAUUCUAAAAGUGGCUGAGUAAGUGUUUUCUACUUUUGAUAUUCAUAUAACUUCUUAACCCCCAUUGCCUACCUACUUGUGGUUGGCAAUCGCUACGUCGGUACUUGAAACUUCUUACAGUGAAAAAUAUUUAAUAUGUUGGUUGUAUGUGUAGAUCACUUUAUGUAGAUUAAAUCUAUUAUCUUCA